AUGGAAGACGAUGCGUCAUCCCAGUUCAAAGCCCCUCUUCGCCCCGGCGCCGACGUUCUCGCCGUCAAACCGGACAGUCCUAGUUCCUCCUCGAGCGCCGACUCCCUGGGCAACAUGGUACGGUAUUUGACUCUCGAUGACGGGGGCUAUACCCGAACACGUGGCGGCACUGGCGGGCCACGUCCUGGUAGGCCUGUGCCCGGACGGCCGCCCACGGGGGGGCCACGCAAGAACAACUGGGACUAUGAAAUCGCUGGUUCGGUAUUGCCCGAAGCUUCCGAGCCUACAGAAUCAAUCGAUACAGGCUCGAAGCAAUCAAUCCGUGAUCCCGGUGCCGCCGUCAAUGGAGAACAUGCCAACGUCAACCCCGGGAAACUCGGUCCGCCCCCAGGCCCCGUCCCGCACCCUCCGCCGUAUGCCCCCCCCCGCCCCGCGGCCGGUCGAUUCGGCAGAUGGAAGAGAACAUCGAGAUCCUGCAAGCCGAGCUUCACUGUCUCCGUCUUCGUCAUAUGCAAGGGAAGGAGGCCCGUUGCACGGACAUGCAAGAUUACUAGGAUGGUGCGGCCUUGGGAAACUGUGCUUCCGGGAGGAGAUGCUGAAAGGUUCAAUCAGGGGGUUGUUUUGUGA